AGGCGUGACCUUUCAGUAUAAGCUUACGAGAAGCAGACUGUUUACCAUGAAAGCUGAGAAAAUCACUUUGGCUCCACAUGUAGGACGCGAGUUUUUAAGGCUAAGAUGAUCUAAAGAGUGCGAAGCAUGUGGAGAUAGACAAUGAUAGCGGAGCGUUGAUUAUGGGUAGAAGAAAACGUUUAAGGUAGAUCAACAGCGCGUGAGCAAAGGAACUGUUGUCGAAGGACACGGGUCAAACGAAUUAGACUGACUGACGAAAAGUAAUAAUCAAAGGACAAGCGUCGGAAUGUCGAGAUCGCGAGCAGCGGCUGGGUACGAUGGACGAGAAAUAUGGGACCGACUUGACCCCGACGCACGAGGUUGAUUUGCGACCGCAGACCCAAGCCAUGCGGGGAGAACAAGUGAAGAUUGGUGGGGCAUUUGGAAGAGCCAAGCGAUCCGGCCUGACAAAUGAUGUUGUAUCAUCGUCACGCCACUAACCGUCUAGACUUACCAAUUGUAACACCCAUCAUAUUAUCACUUUGCAGUACGCUUUUUAUCACGUGCAUUUUAGCAUGCACACCAUGGAAGUCAGACUUCGGCCGUCAUUUAAAGGAGUUCGCGACGCUAGACUACUGCAGAAAAGUUUGUUUUAAAUGAGAAGCUAGGUGUUAACGAUUCAAAUACACUAUAUCUCUACUUAAGAAAUGCUUGAUCUUCAAAGUCGAUAAUACAAAUGUAUUACUGAUAAGGAUAAGGGUUAAGCAUUUCGAGAGAAAGGUCUGGUCUGAUGUUGGGCGCGUCAACGAGUUCGGAGUCGCUCAGCGCGCGCAAGGGCUUGAGCAACGAGAUAGGUGCCAACAACUGUUUCCUCAAUGUGAUCAUCCAGAGUCUGUGGCAUGUACGCAGCUGCCGCGCACUUAUA